UCCAAGUGUAGGAGGAACUGUUUCAUAGCCGGGUCGCUGCAAGUAAAGGACAAUGUCUAAGAAACGUGGUCUUAGUGCUGAAGAGAAGAAGAUCAGGAUGUUAGAGAUAUUCCAUCAGAGCAAAGACUUCUUUCAACUGAAGGAAUUAGAGAAAAUAGCUCCAAAAGAAAAAGGUAUAACAAUGCAAUCAGUAAAAGAGGUGCUUCAGAACUUGGUAGAUGACCACCUUGUGGACUCUGAGAAGAUUGGAACUUCUGUCUACUUCUGGUCUUUUCCUAGCAAAGCAAGAAAUACUAAGAAAAGAAAACUGCAUGAUCUGCAGAAUGAGGUAGACGAAUGUUCUAAGAAGUUGAAGAAAACUGAAGAGAGUAUUGCUUCAGAAUCUGUUGGCCGAGAACCUAGUGAUGAGAGGUCUCAAAUUAUUGCAACUUUGGAGCAACAGCAAAAAAAAGAGGAACAACUAAAAAAAGAGCUGCAGAAAUAUAGGGAUUGUGAUCCAGAGUAUAUUGCCCAAUUGAAGACAGAGAUACAGGACUUGAAAACUGCUAUAAACAGAUGGACAGAAAAUAUCUACAUAUUGAAAUCUUUCAUGAAGAACACGUUUCAAGUAGAGAACGAGGUUAUAGAGCAAAAUUUCAACAUUCCACCUGAACUGGACUACAUAGACGUGUAAAGAUUCUGAAGAUUUCUAAAAUUUUCUAGACAUAACCUCACUUUUGUAACCAGUUAUUUCUGGCCUAUCUAUUUAUCUACUAGAAUAUAUUUUCAUGUAGAUGAUUCAAUAAAUGGGUAAAAUACUUAGAAGCUUAAUUUUAGUUCUUGCA